AUGGCUGCUGCAAAUGCUGGACGCAUUGACUAUACACAGCCUGGACCCAUUGACGACUCAGUGUUGACACAGCAGGCGACGCAUCGGUCCGAAGCUAUUUGGAAUGGGCGGGAUCCAGGGUCCAUUACCUGCCGUAGUUGUAGUUCAGAGUUCUCCAAGCAACCUCCAAUGGUGGACGACCAAGUGAGGAACAUCAUCACCACAGUUGGUUUGGAGGGACUCCUGUGGGUCCCGGGUAGAGAGAUUGACAAUGGCCUGAUAACGGCCUUAGUGGAGCGAUGGCGGCCCGAGACUCACACCUUUCACAUGCCACAUGGUGAGGUGACCAUCACAUUGCAAGAUGUGGAGGUUCUUCUCGGGCUUCCUGUUGAUGGUGACGCUAUAACAGGGAGCACACAAAAAACUUGGGUGAAUGUGUGCCGGGACUUCCUUGGCUUUCAACCUGUAACUCAAAAUAACCAUAAGCAACUUGAUGGGCAAAGGAUUCUCAUCAACCGCCUUUUGGAGGAAGUUGCUAACCCAUUGCCGCCUGAUGCUGAAGAGGAUCAGCUGCAUAAGUACGCACGAUGCUACAUCCUAGCGCUAUUGGGGGACACAAUAUUCAUGGACAAAUCCGGCAAUAGGGUGCAUCUAAUGUGGGUGCAGCAGUUGGAAGACCUUCACAAUCCACGAAGGUAUAGUUGGGGAAGUGCUUGCCUUGCAUGGUUGUAUCGAGAGCUAUGCAGGGCAAGCGAGGACACCAGUCAGAUUGGUGGGUGCUUGUUGUUGCUCCAGUACUGGGCAUGGGCCAGGUUCCCCUAUUUGUGCCCGACAGUUGAGCGAGGCUCGCCAGUGGGUGCUUACGGUCCUCUAGUACGUGGUCCACUAUCCCUGAAGUGGUUGUGGGUCCCAAACAAGAAAAAUAGGCCCGCCCACAUCUUCAGGGACAGGUAUCGCGAGCAACUAGCUUCCAUGUUGCCAGACCAGGUGGUGUGGCAGCCAUAUGAAGCUCAUUUUGACGACCUCCCGCCCUGGUGUGUUGCAGGGAGGGCCGUAUGGACGGCAACGGUGCCGCUUGUAUGUUUCCACCUAGUAGAGAAACAUACACCGGAUCGUGUUGUUCGUCAAUUCGGGAUGAUCCAAGAAAUUCCCCGCGCUGUUAACACUGACAGAGUGCUUCAUGGCAUUGAUUUGAGGGGGAAGAUCGGUGUUAAUUGGAUGCAGAAGCAUGCUGCGCAUAUCCUUGAGUGGGGUUAUCGCUUUGAUCGGCGUUGUGAAGCUGUGCUUGGUGAUAUGCCUCCAGAGCACGAGUACCAUGACUGGUUCAAAAGGGUGACUCGGAGGUUCAUCGAUAGGCCUGGUGCUGUAGUGACUCUGCUGAUUGAAGGAUACGUCCGUUUAUUGAGGCGUCAUCCAGUGGGCACGGAGGACCACAACGACAUUACUGAGGUGUUGACGGCAGUACAGGCGAUGACACGUGUCCAACCUCCUAUCCCUGAGGCCCCGAUUGAGGAGGCAGCUAUGCCUACCGGCCCAAGCACGAGCACAGCUCCGGCCGGAUGUCAAUCCCGUCCGCCUGUUGCUACCCCUCAGCUUCUCCCUACCCCCGAUCCCUGUGCAUCCACCCCACAUGCAUCCGCCAGCCCCACCAUCCCUUCAUCCAUCCCACAUCCAUCCCCUACCGUCACCAUCCCUUCACCCAACCCACAUUCAGCUCCUACUGCCACCAUCCCUUCACCUAGCCCACAUCCAGCCCCUACGCCCACCAUCCCUUCACCUAACCCACAUCCAGCCCCUACGCCCACCAUCCCUUCACCCGCCCACCAUCCGUCUCCUUGCCCCACCAUCCCUCCACCCACCCCACUUCCUUGUUCUGGGUCUGACGUCCGUCCACCCACCCCACAGUCAUUUCUUCAGCUGUCACCGAUUCCAUCCUUUGACCUGGGUACCCCACCUGACAUGCAGCAGGAGCCACCCUCCCAUAGUUCGUUUAGUACCCCUUCUUCAGCCAUUGACCCACCCCAUGUUCAGGCUGAGCAGCCGGUUGGGUUACCUACAGCGGCUGAAGGUCGGCCUAAACGCAUAUCAAAGGCACCACCGUGUGGGACAGGGGGGCACAAACAUGGACACAAUGUUGGGCCCGAGGCAUCUGACGAAGGACAUGCAAGACCUCCUCCGCAUUAUACGAGACGGCGUAAGAUUCAAAAAAGGUGAUUGGUGUACCUGUUACACUGAAUGGAGAUCUGAAGAACCAGUUCGUGGAGACCAAUGUUGGUUUUGAUACAAUAUGUAAGGUAUUAGUCAUACUGGCCGGAGAGCAUGCUGUGGUGCACGGAUCCACGGCGGUGGCUGCUUCCCUUGACCUCUACACCUAUGUAUGUUUCUCU